AUGGCAGAGUUUCUGGACCAGUUCUUCACUUUCAUAGGACUUCUGGUGUUUAUUAUCUCUCUGGUGAAGUGUUUGAGAUUAUCCAAAUGUAUUUUUCUGCACUUCCGGAAAGUUCUGCCAACGUCUUUCUUAAAGUCAAUGGGACAGUGGGCAGUAAUAACUGGAGCAGGAGAUGGGAUUGGGAAAGCUUAUGCAUUUGAGUUAGCAAGACAAGGACUCAAUGUUGUGCUUAUUAGCCGGACACUGGAAAAGCUACAGGCUAUUGCUAGAGAUAUUGAGAAGACAACAGGGAGCAGUGUGAGGGUUAUACAAGCAGAUUUUACCAAAGAUGACAUCUAUGAGCAUAUUAAGGAAAAGCUUACAGGUUUAGACAUUGGAAUUUUAGUCAACAAUGUUGGCAUGCUUCCAAACCUUCUCCCAAGCUAUUUCCUGGAAACAACAGGAGAUAUCCAGAACAUCAUCAAUUGUAACAUCAUCUCCCUUGUAAAGAUGACACAGCUAAUUCUGAAAAACAUGGAAUCUAGGCAGAAAGGACUUAUUCUGAACAUUUCCUCUGGGGUAGCUCUCUUUCCCUGGCCUCUGUACUCCAUGUAUUCAGCUUCCAAGGCUUUUGUAUGCACAUUUUCGAAGGCUCUGCAGGUAGAAUAUAAAGCCAAAGGAAUAAUUAUCCAGGUGCUGACCCCGUAUGCCAUUUCAACCCCAAUGACAAAGAACCUAAAUACCAACAUGAUAACAAAGACAGCUGAUGAGUUUGUUAAAGAAUCACUGAAUUAUGUCACAUUUGGAGAUGAAGCCUGUGGAUGCCUCGCCCAUGAAAUCUUGGCAAACUUUCUUAGUAUGAUACCAACUUGGGUCUUCUACAGCAGCUCAUUCCAGAAGUUUCUCUUGACAAACCAUGUAGAGUACCUCAAGAAGAACAGCAACAUUAGAUAG